GAGAAUUUGUUUUUCUUUACAUUAGUAACAGUCUGGAAUAAGUGAAAGGAGAGAACAGGAGCUCUGCAUUCAAAAACAUAGCACCAUGGCUGGCCAGACAUGCCUGAUCAUUCUUAUUGCUUUACCCGCUGUCCUCCUCCAACAAUCACCAAAUGUCUUUUUAAAGCAUGAAAACGCACACAACAUAUUGAGAGCAAAACGAGCAAACUCAGCCUUUGAGGAAUUCAAAAAAGGCAACCUGGAAAGGGAAUGUUAUGAAGAGCGCUGCUCAUUAGAGGAAGCACGGGAAGUGUUCGAGAAUGAAGAGCAAACUAGAGAAUUUUGGAGCAAAUAUUUUGAUGGUGAUCAGUGUCAAUCGAAUCCUUGUCAAUAUGGCGGAUCAUGUAAUGAUGGGAUUAAUGAAUACACGUGCCUCUGCAAUGCUGGUUUUGAAGGCAAAAACUGUGAAACAGUAAAACUACAGUUGUGCUCUUUAAACAAUGGCGAAUGUGAUCAGUAUUGCAAAGCAGUGGAUAGAGAUGUUGUAUGUUCUUGUACAAAUGGAUACAUAUUGGGGGAAAAUGGUAAAUCCUGCCUUCCAACUGAGAAAUAUUCCUGUGGACGAAGGCACAUGAAGAGAGAAAGGAGGGAAACAAAAUUACAUGAGAAUGAUAAGAAAAACCAUACUGACAGUCAGAAUGAAGUGAAAAUGAACCAAACUGGCACUCUGCCGGAAAGAAAUGUAACAGGAAUUAAUAUACUUAAUCCAAAUGAUCCAAAUGUUAGGAUUGUGGGUGGACGAGAGUGCUCUCAGGGUGAAUGCCCUUGGCAGGCCCUGUUGGUUAGUGAUGAAGAUGAGGGAUUUUGUGGGGGAACCAUUUUGUCUCGAGAGUUUAUACUGACUGCGGCUCACUGCAUGAACCAGACAAAGUAUUUCAAAGUAGUUGUUGGGGAGCUCAAUACAAAAAUAAGUGAAGGCACCGAAUCCAUCCAUAAAGUUGAAAAAAUAAUCAUGCACCCUCGAUUUGUAAAGUCAACCUAUGAUUAUGACAUCGCUGUGAUAAAAUUAAAGGAAGCCAUUAACUUCACUGAGAACAUUAUCCCUGCUUGCAUCCCGGAUCCUGAGUUUGCUGAUCAGGUUUUGAUGAAUGAACCAGAUGCCAUGGUUAGCGGUUUUGGGCGAAUUCAUGAACGGGGACGUCAAGCCUCAACACUUCAGAUGCUCCAGGUCCCGUAUAUCAAAAGACACAGCUGUAAAGAGUCCAGCACUUUUGCAAUCACAGAGAAUAUGUUCUGCGCUGGCUUUGAUACGGAAGUGAAAGAUGCCUGUCAGGGCGAUAGCGGAGGGCCACAUGUCACCCCAUUCAAAGGCACUUAUUUUGUGACUGGCAUAGUUAGCUGGGGUGAGGGAUGUGCUCGAAAGGGCAAAUUUGGGGUCUACACAAAAGUAUCCAAGCUACACAGAUGGCUUAAAGGAGUUCUGAAGAAGAACCAGGUCUAAAGUGAUAACCUACCUUAUUUUCUUUAGACAUUUAAAAGCAAACAAAUCCUUUCACUCAACUUUAUCAUAUCAAAUUAUAUAAAAAAAAUGCAAAAAGAGGAAUACAUCCUCAAAAAGAUAUCAAAUGCCUGGGUGCCAGGAAUACAUACAGUAGUUAGUUUAGUCUCAUAGUUAGUCUCAAAGGUUCCCUUGAGAAAGGUCACAGUCUGUGACUGAAUCGGGUUUUUCAACCAAUAAAUACACUUUGGUGUUACUGAAAAGACCUGCAGAGUGCUGUACUUUGUAAAAUAAAAUUAUAUAUAUAUUUAUAUACAGGUACAUAUAUAUUUUAUCUGCACACGCAAUGUGGUUAAAAGGGUAAUGCAUGAUGAUUCUGUAUUAAUGUCUUGCUUUUAAAUUAACAUGCCCCCACAAUAUAGCUUCAA